AUGUCUAAUAAAUUUAAUAAUAAUAAUGAUUACUUUGCAACACUUAAAAUUCUUCUUGUUGGUAACUCAAACGUAGGGAAAUCGUCUCUUCUAUUAAGAUUUACUGAUGACACAUUUUUACCACAUGAAGAAGUAUCAGCAACAAUAGGGGUGGAUUUUAAAGUACAUGAAAUGGUUGUAGACGAAAAGAAAUAUAAAUUAACAAUUUGGGUAUUUGUUUUAUUAAAAUAUUUUUAA